UCGGCAGGGUGCUGAUAUCCGCUAAUCUAAUAUAAAGAAGGAAGUGUUUACUUUUUCUUGGCGGGCGAUUGUGGUAGUGGUCUUGCGCGGAGACUGAACGAGUUGUACGUGCAUGGUGUUAUAAUUUAACUCUGUUUCACGACUGCUCAGUUCCUGGUGUGCAGGUAACGAAACUGAUCUGGGUGUGAUGCCACCAGCGAUGGCGUUGGAGCACGUGCCCUUUCGUGGUCAUGGGGAUGGACGUCGAGCAGCCGUCGGAGGGAACGCCCGAGGUCGCCACGUCAGGAAGCCAAACAGGCCCCUUCUUUUUGAGUGAGGCGUUCACUCCCGUACCAGCGAAGCUGGUAAAGAAGAUCCAGGCGCUGGAGUUUGUGGAUAUGGCAGAUUUGCUGCCGGACAACAUAGAAAUUCGUCGGCGGGAGGAGGGCUCGUCUCUGGGAGAGGCAGUGACGGCGGUGGGCAGACGGGCACGGCAGGUGGCGCAACUGUCCACGUGGGUGCAGUGCUUUACCACAUACAUUGCAAUCGUGGCAGAAAGGCACCCGAGUAGGGUGCAAGACAUGCUGGCAUACCUCAUGCUCAUUGUCAGAGAGGCGCAGAGAGCAGGAGGAGAUGCUUGGCGGCAGUAUGACGCGAGGUUUCGUAAUUUUGCUGCUGUGCACCAAUCCGUCACAUGGGGACAGCCGCUCCCGUUCAUGUACGCGUCGUGCUUUAUGGCAUCUCGAGCGGUGGCUUCCCCGUGCGAGCACUGCCUGGAGCUGGAUCACUCGUCGGCGGAAUGUGCUUUGGCAUCGCACUGUCAGCCCCUCUUCCCACAGUUGGACACACGCUCCGUGGCCAGCUCGACUCGUUUCGUGCCGUAUCUCUCUGCACCGGCUAGGCCGUGGGUGGAUUACGGCUUCAGACCGAUAUGUCGCAGGUGGAAUAUGGGCGCUUGCAAAGGGGCACGGUGGUGUACCUUCAGGCAUGCUUGUGGAAAGUGUGGGGAGCGUGGUCACAGGUCUGGUGAAUGCAGAGGAAAGGGGCCGGCGAGCGCGUCUUCACAUCAACGAGCGGCAGAGGUGUUGGACAAUACUUGUGCUGUUGUGUUGCAUUAGUGGCAAUGUUGAGUUUUGCGGUUCUUUUUACGGACUCUCUAGUUGUUCACAUAGGCAUGUACUGUUGUUUUUCUGUGGCACACGUACCUCAGUUAGUAUUUACUUAUCCUGUUAGUCUCAUACGGCCCAAGAUGGCUGAGAAGUGUUGACGCUACGUGUUGAGUUUUUUCUGGCUAUUGGCUUUAAUUAAUUAAGACAG